AUGGUCACGUCUACAAGCACUCACAUGAUGAAGACAGCUGCUUGUCUCGUUGCUGUUCUGCUCAUCUGCAACUUCACCCCCGCCUGUGGAAAAGUGCUCAAAGACAAGACAUCACGAACCAAGAGGCAAUGUAUUGGUAUUAUGUGCUGUACUACUGGAGGCAGUGGCUCUGGCGCAGGCUGUGGCAGUGGCAUCUCUGCGGCUGCUCCGACUGCAGCAACGAGCUACGCUGCACCCGCGGCUGCUACAUCUUACGCUGCUCCUGCUGCUCCUACAAGCUAUGCAGCUCCGGCUGCUACAUCUUACGCUGCUCCUGCUGCUCCUACAAGCUAUGCAGCUCCAGCUGCUACAUCUUACGCUGCUCCCGCAGUUUCGAAUGGCUAUGCUGCCCCAGCCACCUCCGUGUCUUACGCUGCACCUGCGGCUACUAUAUCUUACGCAGCUCCUGCGGGAUCUUAUGCUGCUCCUGCAGUCUCAAAUGGCUAUGCUGCUCCCGCAGUUUCGAAUGGCUAUGCUGCAUCUUAUGCUGCUCCCGCAGUUUCAAAUGGCUAUGCUGCUCCCGCAGUUUCGAAUGGCUAUGCUGCAUCUUAUGCUGCUCCCGCAGUUUCGAAUGGCUAUGCUGCUCCCGCAGUUUCAAAUGGCUAUACUGCACCAGCCGCCACCAGCUACGCCGCUCCCGCUGCAUCCACUAGUUACGCUGCUGCUCCAGCUGUCACCAGUGCCUUAUCUGGCGGCACCCCAUCUUCACAAUGCUGCUGUGUGUCAUGCUGCAUUAUCAGCAACGUCUGCUGCUGUUAA